AGUCCCAUUCUUGCAAUUGCCAUUUUGGUAUAAGAUCACUUCUUUUGUAUACUUCCCAUUCAUACGAAACCAAGAAGUUUCAUUUGUUCCUUGUGUGAAACCAGCAAUUAGCACAUGAUGGAGGAUUCACUAUCAAAUUGUAGGUGGUUUUUGCACAAACUCCUUCCUGUGUUCAUCGUUUUAUGCAUGAACACAGUUCUGGAAUCUGCAACACCGCCCACUUUAGGAAAUGAAUCCGAUCUCCUGGCAUUACUAGACUUCAAGAGAAGAAUCAUUAAAGAUCCUCGCCAUAUCAUGAGCUCAUGGAAUAAUUCCAUCCAUUUCUGCAGUUGGGUAGGCGUUACAUGCAACCCUUCCAACAAUCGAGUCAUCAUUCUGGACCUGGAGUCUCAAGAACUGGAAGGCUCCAUAUCUCCUUCAAUAGGAAAUCUUACUUAUCUUACUCAACUCAACCUCACAGACAACAAAUUUCGUGGUGGAAUUCCUCAACAAUUGGGGCGUCUACUGCACUUGCAACAGCUCAACCUGGCCACCAAUUCCUUGCGGGGGAAUAUUCCAACUAAUAUAUCUCACUGUUCCCAACUAAGAGUGCUCGAUCUUGGUGACAAUGGACUUACGGGGCCAAUUCCAGACCAACUCAGUUCACUGUUUGAGUUGACUCAUCUAUGGCUUGAUACUAACAUCCUCACAGGAAGUGUCCCAGCUUGGUUAGGAAACUUUUCUUCUUUGUAUGCAUUUUCUUUUGGUAAGAACAAUCUCCAAGGAAGCAUACCCAGUGAGCUAGGGGGUCUAACAAGUUUGAGAAGAUUCGUACUUGCAGAUAAUAAGCUUUCUGGUAUAGUUCCUUCUUCAAUCUACAAUAUUUCCUCAUUAUACACCUUCAAUGUCGCUUCCAACCACCUGCAUGGAGAGUUGCCACCAAAUGUUGGCAUAACUCUUCCUAAUCUCGAAGUUUUUGUUGGUGGUGUCAACAAUUUCACAGGAAAUAUUCCUGUAUCAUUGUCAAAUGCUUCUAGACUCCGGCUUCUUGAUUUUGCUGAAAAUGGUCUUACCGGUAAGCUCCCUGCCGAGUAUUUUGGAAGCUUGGGAAGUUUAGAGAGAGUAAACUUUGAUGACAAUUCACUGGGAAGUGAGAAAGCUGGUGACCUUACUUCUCUCAGUUUCCUGGCUAAUUGCACCAAUCUUAAGGUGCUGAGUUUUAGCCGUAAUCAUCUUGGAGGAGAAUUGCCAGAAUCUAUAGCCAACCUAUCAACCCAGCUGAGGAUAUUUACAAUGGGAGGCAAUUUGAUAUAUGGAGCCCUUCCUACUGGCAUUGGGAAUCUGGUAAACUUGAAAAAUCUGGGAAUGGAACAAAACCAGAUAUCCGGUAGUCUCCCUGAUAUGAUCGGGAAGCUUAACAAGUUAGAGGGUCUAUAUCUGAAUCUGAACAGAUUUUCAGGGCCAAUCCCAUCCUCCCUAGGUAACUUGACUUCAGUGACAAGGCUCUUCAUGGAGGGGAAUAGGUUUCAGGGAAGCAUACCUCCAAGACUUGGGAACUGCCAAAAUCUAUUGAUACUCAACCUUUCUAGUAACAAUCUAAAUGGCACCAUACCAAGAGAGCUAAUGGCGAUUAAAUCCCUUUCGAUUUCUUUGACCAUGUCUAACAACUCUUUGACUGGUUCACUUCCAUCUGAAGUGGGUGGUUUGGUACAUCUCGCAGAGCUAGACAUAUCAGGAAACAAGUUAUCGGGUGAAAUCCCCGAGACCCUCGGCAGUUGUAUUAGUUUGGGACUCCUGCUUUUAGAAGGUAAUGAAUUCAGUGGACAUAUUCCUCAGUCUAUGGAAAAGCUGAGAGGCUUGGAAGAGUUGGAUAUUUCACGCAAUAACUUAUCUGGCAAGCUUCCUGAAUUUUUAGGCAAGUUUCGAGCUCUCAAGUAUCUCAACCUUUCUUACAAUGAUUUUGAGGGUGAAUUGCCUAAAGAAGGAAUCUUCUCCAAUGCAACUGGUAUCUCCGUGCUCGGAAAUGAUAAGCUCUGUGGAGGAAUUCCAGAAUUAGUUCUACCUGCAUGUUCCAGCAGAAAGCCUCAUUCAUUGCGAGCCCUACUUGCCCCAGAAGUGAUAAUCCCUUUGACUAGUGCAAUUGCUUUAAUAAUUGCUCUUUCCUGCUUGGUUGCUGCCCGUUCAAUGUCGAAAAAGUCGAUAGAUGGACCUUUGGUUUCAUCUUCUCAUAAUGAUUCAUAUCCAAGUAUCUCUUACUCGGAAAUUGUCGACUCAACUAACGGGUUUUCUGUGGACAACCUGAUUGGUUCGGGAAGUUUUGGUUCUGUAUACAAAGGAUUACUCAGUAGUAAUGGAAUGGUGGUUGCUGUUAAGGUAUUAAACCUUCAACAACAAGGAGCUUCGAAGAGUUUCAUUGAUGAAUGCAGAGCUCUAAGAAGCAUAAGGCACCGCAAUCUUCUUAAGAUAAUAACUGCCUGCUCAAGCAUUGAUAAUCAGGGAAAUGACUUCAAAAGUCUAGUUUUCGAGUUCAUGGAAAAUGGAAGUCUUGACUCUUGGCUGCAUCCCAGAGAUAAUGAGCAAUCUCAAAGUAAGAAAUUGAGCCUUAUCCAAAGGCUCAAUAUUGCAAUUGAUGUUGCUUGUGCAUUAGAUUAUCUACAUGACGAUUGUGAAUUAUCCAUUGUUCAUUGUGAUCUAAAGCCAAGCAAUGUCCUUCUCGAUGCGGACAUGGUAGCCCAUGUUGGUGACUUUGGUUUAGCAAGCUUUCCCUUUGAAGCAUCAAAUAAUCAUUCCAAAAGUCAGACCAUGUCAGCUAGGCUAAAGGGUUCCAUUGGCUACAUUCCUCCAGAAUAUGGCAUGGGAUGUCAAGUUUCCAUUCUGGGAGAUAUCUAUAGCUAUGGGAUUCUAUUGCUAGAAAUGUUCACAGGGAAAAGGCCUACAGACGACAUGUUCAAAGAUGGUCUAAGCAUUCACCAGUUCACAGCCAUGGCUUUCCCUGACCAUGUCAUGGACAUCGUUGACACUCCAUUGCUCCCGGAAACAGAUGAGGAUAAUGACGGUGAUGACACAUACAGCAAUGACAUACAAGAAAGGCCGAUAGCCGGGUAUAAGGAUAAAGGCCUAGUCAAAGAAAGAAGAUUGGAAGAAUGCUUGAUUUCAGUGAUGCAGAUUGGUCUCUCAUGCUCUACAGUAUCACCAAGUGAGCGCAUUCUCAUGAAUGUGGUUGUGAACAAGAUGACUGCAAUUAGAGAUUCCUAUCUCAAAUUGACCAAGACCAAGUUUGUCACCUAAUCUCAAUGUAUACCCUCAAGCCUUAGAUUAUAUAUAUACUAGUUUUCUGCUAGAGCAUGUGUAAAAUUUUUAUAAGGGAGCUUCUAUUCAUACCUCUAAAAUUAGUAUUUAGACCUCUCACUUUUUCCAAGUAAUAGUUGACUUUGUCAACUCAUGUCAAAUUACCAAUAAAGACACAAAUAAGGGAAAAAAAAUCUCUUCUUAUCUC